UUCACAUUUUGAUUUUCCCGGAAGUUGCCCAUGCGACUCUGAGGCGCACCGGCUCCAUAGAGCAGAAACAUCGCAUUAUGGCCUCUCUCUGAGCCGACUGAUGCGACAGCUGUGUACUCACCUUACCGGCAAUCCGUCACCAUCGACGCCUUGAUCAUGGACCUCCGGUCCAGAGGCUUUUUUCGGGGCCAUCGGAGUUGUCAGUAGAACUCCAAAAGUACUAUAUUAUUUGAUUUUGAGCACUGUCACUUUUGCAUGCCCGGGGAUUUAAACCGAAGUGACAGAAGUAGCACUCACCCCAUCUGCCGGUCAGCUAACAAGCUAGCUCACUAAGUCAGUAGCCAAGAAGGGCAUCACUUUUUUGGAGUAAAGGACAAGGAAACUACAACACCACUUUCUACUGUAACAGAAGACUGAUCAGAGGCCGAUUCCCCGUGUUCUCACUCUGCAACAUAUUCACUAUCGAUUCCUGCAAAGGUUGGCAACACAACGCCACCCUAAUGCAGAACCAUAAAAGAACGUGAAAUGAACAAACCACCACAGCCUAUAACGGGACCCACCUCUGUCCCAAACCCUGCCCCAUCCCCUGGACUAACACAGGCUGCCUACGCCCCUGGACAGCCCCCCUCUCUUGUUUUUGCCACCCCUCCUCCUCCACAAAUGAACUCUGCACCACAGCCAAGACAGUUUGCUGCAGGCCCCCGUACUUUACACCAACAGGGUGGAUACAGAGCAUUACAGAAUUACUAUCAGGCCCGACCGACCAUGGCCACCAGUGCUCCAAGGGUACAAACAAGUAGUGGGCCACGGCCCGUCGGACCUACUCACGUAUACCCGUCAAGCUCCCAGAUGAUGAUGAUUUCCCAGCAGCAACUGUCUUUUGCUGGCUCUCCUCAGAGCUACUUCAUCCCCUCUGGACAGUACCGGGCCCCAUAUAUGCCUCCCACUCAGCAGUAUCCUGUUACCAGCGGUACAGCAGGCUUCUAUCCUGGAACUAGCCCUGCUGAAUACUCUGCUUAUGAGCCCUCUCUUGCUGCGAGGGAGAGGCGGGGUGGCGGGGGGAGAGGGGGCGGGCGAGAGAACGGCCGUCUCUCUCUCCACGGUGCUCCACUCACCUCCCAGCGCUACCCUGCCGGGGCGUACUAUCCAGCUCCGCCGCAGUACUCUCCGUCUGUCCAGCCUCCACAGGUCAUGAUCAACCCCGCACAGCAGCAGCAACAAGCCCCGCCUCCUCAACAACCGCCGGCACAGGCACAAGGCCCACCAAAGAGGGAACGCAAACCGAUAAGAAUACGAGACCCUAACCAGGGCGGGCGCGAUAUCACAGAAGAGAUCAUGUCAGGUGGAAGGUCUACCACUACGCCGACUCCCCCACAGGCUUCAGCUGAUGGAAGUCCUGCACAGACCAAUGGUGAAAUUAUUCAGCCUGUUACUACAACUCCUCCAAGAAGCGAUGAAAGUAUGGAGGCUCCUUCUAGCGCCGACACCCCACCACCUCCUGCCACAGAAAACACGGAGCUGGAGACGGAGGCCACAGAGGAAAUGGACGACCAGAUUUCACCCCCUGCAGAGUUAGCUUCACAAACUGUAGCCCCUAGUGCUCCUACUGAGGUGCCAUCCCCGUUGAUAAAAGACCAGCAGUCUUCCUCUAUUCUCCCUCCUGCAGAAGCACCUACUACCGCUCCUGUUGAGGGAGUAGAUAAAGUCGAUUCUAAAGUUGGUGACACAGUAGAUGCUCCUGUCGUCCCUUCAGUACCACUAAAAGCACAAGAGGCACCUGCCAAAGUGGAGGAACCGCAGGCCAGCCCAGCUCCGGCUGAGAAGCCCUCAGACAUGGAGGAAAAGAAAACGGAUGAGGUGAAAAAAAUUAAAAUAGAAGAGCAGGUAGUCAGCGCUAAAGAGGAGCCCGCAGUUGAGGUUGAUGAAACAGUUACUCCCGUCGACGAGGAGAAAACUGAGACAGCAACUAAUGCAGUGACUGAAGUUUCUCAGCCUCCACCCGCUGAACAGGAGCCUGUUGCUCCACCGACCCAGAGUGAGGCCACAAGCUCCGCUGUUGCUCCUGAACCCUUACCUGCCCCAGAACCUGAUACUAAAGCUGAACCCAAACCAGCUGAAAAGGCAGAGCCUCUUCUUUCCAACGGCCUUCCUCAGGAAGACGAAGACCUUUCUGAGGAAAUGUAUUUUUCAGACACUAAACCUGUGGAAAAGCCUGAUGCUUCUGAAUCUCAGGAACCCACACCUGUGGCUAAAACAGCAACGCCAGCCCAGGAGGCGGCAGAAGAGGAGACAGAGAAGAAAGAGGAAGAGGGCAAGGAAAAAAGUGAAGAUGCCCCACCCACACCUGUCCCUGCAGAGGAAUCUACUACUAUGCAAGCUGCUUUGUCUGUGCCAAAGAAGAAGAAGAACAUGAAGGAGAUCAACAAAAAGGGAACCAUUGGAGACCUCCUGGAUGCCUUCACAGAGGAGCAGGGUGCCAAACCUGCUGCUGCUGAACCCUCAUCUACUCAGCCCGACCCUGUCCCUGUUGCUCCAGCUGAACCUCCCGCUGAGGUUGUAGAUGAGACCUGGGAGGAGAAAGAGGACAAGCAGAACGCAGAUCCGGAAAAUUCUAAAGCCACACCUGAGCCAAGUGGACAGAAAUACCAGUACAAAGAAGAACAAUGGAAGCCAAUUGAUCCAGAGGAGAAGAAGCGGUAUGACAGGGAGUUCCUUCUGGGCUUCCAGUUUAUCGGUGCCAGUAUGCACAAACCUGAGGGCCUUCCUCUCAUCAGUGAUGUGGUCCUGGACAAGGCAAACAAGACUCCCCUGCGGCCUGUUGACCCAACGCGAAUGAUAAAUGUUGGUCCAGAUUUUACUCCCUCAUAUUUGGGGAACCUUGGGAGCAGGUCUGUGGGAGGACCGCGAGGCCCACCUCCUGGGCCACGUCGAUCCCAGCAGGGUCAGAGGAAAGAGCCAAGGAAAAUCAUCAGUAGCAUGUCCCUCAGUGAUGACGUGCAGCUCAACAAGGCUGAGAAGGCCUGGAAGCCCAGCGCGAAGAAGCCAGCUCGCAGCCGUGCCGGGGAGGAAGAAGAAGAAGGAGGAGGAGGAGGAGGAGGAGGAGGAGGCGGCGGAGGAGGAGGAGAUGAUCUCGAACAGGCCAAGACUCAGGAGCUGUUCAAGCGUCUGCGAAGUAUACUCAACAAACUGACCCCUCAGAAGUUCCAGGAGCUGAUGAAACAGGUGACAGAUCUGGCGAUAGACACAGAAGAGAGGCUGAAGGGAACCAUCGACCUCAUCUUUGAGAAGGCCAUCUCGGAGCCCAACUUCUCUGUGGCCUAUGCCAACAUGUGCCGCUGCCUUAUGGGGUUGAAAGUCCCUACCACAGACAAGCCAGGAAUAACUGUGAACUUUCGCAAACUGCUGCUCAACCGCUGCCAGAAAGAGUUUGAGAAGGACCAGGAUGACGAUGAGAUCUUUGAGAGAAAGCAAAAAGAGUUGGAAGCUGCCAAGGAGGGUGAAGAGCGAGAACGUUUGAGGGUGGAGCUGGAGGACUCUAAAGACAAGGCCCGCCGCCGCUCACUGGGAAACAUAAAGUUCAUAGGAGAGCUGUUCAAGCUGAAGAUGUUGACGGAGGCCAUCAUGCACGAUUGUGUCGUGAAACUACUGAAGAACCAUGAUGAAGAGUCUCUGGAGUGUCUCUGCAGGCUUCUCUCUACAAUCGGGAAAGACUUGGACUUCGAGAAGGCCAAGCCUCGCAUGGAUCAGUAUUUCAAUCAGAUGGACAAGAUCAUCAAAGAGAGAAAGACCUCAUCCAGAAUCCGCUUCAUGCUGCAGGACGUCUUGGACCUCAGAAGGAAUACCUGGGUUCCUCGUAGAGGAGAUUCGGGUCCUAAAACCAUUGAUCAGAUUCACAAGGAGGCAGAGCUGGAGGAGCAAAAAGAGCAGAUCAAAGUCCAGCAGCAGCUCCUGUCCAAGAAAGAGGGAGGAGGCAGGAUGGGUGGAAACAUGGGGGGCCGAGGCUCUCACACACCAGGCGGCAGGACCAGCCAGCCUCAAGAUGAAGGGUGGAACACGGUGCCCAUCUCCAAGAACAGACCCAUUGAUACCACACGUCUCAGCAAGAUCACUAAGCCUGGUGCUCUGGACUUCAACAAUCAGCUGUUGGCUCCAGGAGGAAAAGGCAUGUGGGGCAGCUGGGGCAAAGGCAGCAGUGGAGGAACUGGAGCUAAACCAGCCAGUGGAGAGCCGGAGCCAGGUCGUCCAGCUACCAGCACCCUCAACCGCUUCUCAGCCCUGCAACAGUCUGGAUCACAGCUGGCUUCAUCUGACUCUGAUCGGAGAGUUCCUCAGAGGUCGAGCUCUAGCCGCGAGCGUGGUGGAGACAGAGACCGGGGUGAUCGCGACAGAGAUCGGUAUGAACGCUUUGAGGGACGGGAAGGGCGCGACGACAGGAGCAGCCAAAACCAAAUCACCAAGAGGAGCUUCAGCAGAGAGUCGCAGGAGCGCGGCGGGAGGGGAGGAGAAAGCAGAGCCACAAAUGAGCCUGUGCGCCGCGUUGCCAGCAUGACCGACGAUCGGGAUCGGGGAAGCAGGGACAGAGGAAGUAAAGACAGAGGAAGCAGAGACCGAGGAAGCAGGGACAGAGGAAGCAGGGACAGAGGAAACAGAGACCAGGGAAGCAAAGAUAGAGGAAGCCGUGACAGGGCUCCAAGCAAAGAUCUUACAGCUAAGCGUGAGAGCGCCCCCACUCCGCCUCCCUCUCUUCAGAAACCUUCCUUGACAGAGGAGGAGGUGGAGAAGAAAGCUAAAGCCAUCGUUGAGGAGUACCUCCACAUCAACGACCUGAAGGAGGCGUUGCAGUGUGUGGCAGAACUCAACAGUGGCUCGCUGCUCUUUGUGUUUGUGCGGAACAGCGUGGAGAAUACACUUGAGCGAAGCACAAUUGCGAGAGAGCACUUGGGCCUGCUGCAUCAUCAUCUUGUUAAGGCAGGGUCUUUGCCUCCAGCACAGUACUACAAAGGGCUGGAGGAGAUCCUGGAAGCAGCAGAAGACAUGGCCAUAGAUAUACCUCACAUCUGGCUCUACCUGGCUGAACUCAUCACCCCCAUGCUCCAUGAGGGAGGCAUCCCUAUGGGUCAGCUCUUCAGGGAGAUCUCGAAGCCUCUCGUGCCUCUGGGAAUAGCUGGCGUGCUGCUGGUACAGAUCCUCAAGAUACUCUGCAAAGGAAUGACCCCGAAGAAGGUCGGCGCCAUGUGGACAGAAGCCGCCCUCAGUUGGAGUGAAUUCUUGCCCGAGGAUGAAGACGUCAACAAGUUUGUGACCGAUCAGAAAGUAGAGUUCACCACUGGAGAGGAGGUGGAGUCAAAAGAAGAAGGUCAAAAAGAUAUCCUGAGCGGAGAGGAGCUCAGCAAACAGCUGGACAGACUUCUGCAGGACAAAGCCAACAACCAGCGGAUCAGAGACUGGGUGGAGGCUAACAUGGAUGAAGAACAGAGUGCUUCCAACCAGUUUGUACGAGCACUGAUGACAUCAGUGUGCCAGGCUGGCAUCAUAUGUGACAACCCUUACAGAGUGGACGCAAAGCAGAUAGGCCAGAGGGCCAGUCUGCUGCAGAGAUACCUGCAUGAUGAGCAGAAGGAGCUUCAGGCCCUGUAUGCUCUCCAGGCUCUGAUGGUGCACAUGGAACAGCCAGCAAACCUGCUGCGGAUGUUCUUCGACGCCUUGUACGAUGAGGACGUCAUUAAAGAGGAGGCCUUCUACAAAUGGGAGUCCAGCAAAGACCCUGCGGAGCAAACAGGCAAAGGUGUGGCCUUGAAAUCAGUCACCGCCUUCUUCACCUGGCUCCGUGAGGCCGAGGAGGAGUCUGACAAGGAAUAAAUACAUCAUACUGAACUGAAAGCUGCUGCCCCCCUGUGGCAAGGCGGGGGCUGAGCAGGCGGCUGCUGAGAUUCAUGGACAUUAUUGCCAGAGGCAGACUCAAAUCAAUCCUCAAUGAGGAUAAAUCUUUAUUAUGUUUCUUUUCUAAGAGGGAUGGACUCAGAAAACAAUCAUUUCUCUCUACCCUCCCUCUCUUGCUUCCUCAUUAUUUCCCCACCUGCUUCUGACAGCAAGUGUCCUCGACAAAUAAACUUGAAAACUGAUUGAGCAGGAUUGCUUGUUAACGAGGUGUGUAGUAUGCCACAUCACUACAAAAACCUUUUAAUUUUUUAUUUUGGUCACAAUAACACAAAACCAACUGGCUGCUUUUUUAUGGUUCUAGAUAAAUAUGCCUAUCAUCUUAUCUGAUGUGCGAGAACAGAACGCAGGGUGUGUGGUGUUGUGGGUUCCCUGAUACGUGGGUAUCAUUGUGUGUUAAAUCCAAACUCAGCUCUUAUGUCUUUGUCCCUUACUGGAGUGCACAGCAUGACUGAAGUGUGUUUCUAUUAAUGAUAACAGUGGAUGAAAUGUUGAUAGACAAUGUUCAUGAACUAAUCUUAAUUCGAUAGAUGGAAUUUUUAAAGCAUAGGUCACCUAAUUUCUCUCCCUGUUUCCCUGUCAUGAACUCAAAGGUAGAAACAGGGAGGAGUCAUGCUGACCGUUGAUCCUGACUACUAGGGGGGUGGUCUUAAUGCUUCCUCUAAGCCAUCCUCUCCAUCCCCAGUAGUGAACCACACUGACUGACUCUUCAUCUUUACCUCUUCUAUACUUAAACCUGAACUGUCGUAGAGGACACUUAAUGACCCAAUCACCGUUGAAACUUGAAAUCUACAGAAAAUUGACUUGAUGAAAUAGAGAAAGAAAAAAAAACACAGAAAUGAUCCGAAAGCCUUUUCUACUUUAAGUGGAAACUUAUUUCAGGAGCGUUCUGUAAAUAUAUAGUAAUAAUUACAAAAAACUUUUUUCUUCAGUUUUAUUUUUCAGAAAUGAUAAAUUGCUGAUGUAAUUGCAGUGUCCUUUUCCAACUGAAGCCGCAGUUGUCCAGAUGCAGAGAGGUGCUUUAGAUAAUCCAUUGAUUAUUAUUAUUAGUUGUAUUGGAAUUUUGUAAAUAUUUUUUUGCUUUCUUUAUUUAAGAAAUUAUCGCUUCUUUUGCAUCGGAAACUGGAAAGAUGAGGUUACGGAGCAUUGCAAAUAAAGGACUUACUAAGUUGCUGA